AUGCCUUCGCUGUGGAAACGGAUAACCUUCUCGGCGGCCUCGGUGCUCUGCGUCGGCUCGGUGGUGCUGCUGGUCGUGGCUCUGUCCACGGAGCGCUGGGUCGCAGGACGGAUCCUGUGCAAAACCGGGGCGGAGAUAGUAAACGCUUCCCACCCGGAGCUGGAGCAGUUCAUCGGGGACAUUUACUACGGUUUGUUCCAGGGAGGCAAGACCAAGAAGUGCGGGCUUGGCAACAGGCGCUCCAAAAUAUACAUUUUCCCAAAUCUGGUGCGGACAUUGAACAGCGGCCUCCACAUGAUGGUGAUCCUCUUCCUGCUGGUGGCUGUGGGCUUUGCUCUGGUCAGUCUGUCUUUCUGCAUAUACAACGCACGAAAAGUUCCCUACCAGAGCAUCAAAGGGCACAAAGGACUCUACUUGUGGAACUUCAUUGCCGCUUUCUUUGCUUCCCUGGGCCUCCUGUGUUUCCUGGCAGCUGUGAAGCACCACAGUCUGACGGAGCGAGUAGCCAAUCAUCGGGAGAACCUCUUCGUGCUGGAUGUGCUGGACGACAGCCUGGACUGGUCCUUCUGGCUGGGUGUGGGCAGCAUUGCCACUCACUUUGCCGUAUGUGGAGUGGUUGCAAUGAGCCGGAUCAAACUGCCCAAACCAGAGAUUAAGAAACCUGAAGAACCCACCAUCUCUUCUCUGGACCUGCUUUACUGAGGGACUGAGAGAGGAGCAUUUACUGGUGGUUACUGGAGCAAAACACAAUGACUGACAGUAAAACCAACCCUGUGGACAGUGCUACUCAGACUUAAUGAAUGCACAAAUUCCUGCAGCCCAAUCAUUCUUUUGCAUUCUGGACAUCCUUUAUAACUGCACAAUGUAAAUAAAUCAUUAUUAUUGUCAUUAUAUGUAUAGCAUGUCAUUAACUGUGUUUUCCAGUCACUUUAAUCAUUUUCAAAUCAGUUUUUACAGUAUUAUUCUAUAGAAAGCAUAAAGUAUGCAUGCAUAAUGGGGAGUUUUGGUUUUAUGUAAUAAAUCAAAUCCAAAGAACAUUGCUAAGAAUGAUCCUUUGAUUUGAUUUGUCUGUUAUGAAGUGAAUUCACAAACUGUUAGAAAAAAGUCAUUACACCUGUUAGAUUAGUUAUAAAGUCUUGGAUACUAAAAACUUGUGACAAACAGAAAUUUAAAGUAGACAUCCAUUAAAUAAUAACCUGGAG